AUGGUGGCACAGUUGCCUUCCGCGCUGCGCACCUCAGAUCGCUGGCUUGCGGAUACCCCCGGAUGUGCAGGCACCAGAGAGCUCCAGCCUUUGGGCCAUCCACCAUCCCGUCGAUCAGGUCCACAUCGGCUUGCCCGUGACGAGUGGAACAAGGCCGCGCAGAAGUCUCGGCGCCAAGCGACAAAGGACGAGCUUUCGCUGAUCCGGACUGUGAGCCUUGGGGCACAAGGACCUCUAGGUUCUUGUGUUAGCGGUACUACAUUGAAGCCAGUUUUCCUCGAGAGUCCGAAUAAGGGCACUUUUCGACUCCGGUUUGGGAGGAGAGUGAUGGUGUGGUACAGCUACGGCAAUGCCCUGAAUGCCUUAUCUUUGGCCAUCUCGAGCCUGGCAUACAACCGUGACACUUUUGCAGAUUCCAUUGCGCUGCAGCAGAAUCAGAUGUACCAGGAGAAAAACUACCAUAUUACCUGGAUUGCAUCUGUUCGUGAGGAGAUGCGUGACUUUUUGACCAUCUUCGUGGGGAAACUACAAAACACAGGCGUGCUCAACACGCUACUGUUCGGAAUAUCGACGGCAUUCCUCUGUGAGGGUGAGCUGGACAGCGAAGCGCCGGAAUCGUUGGUGUAUGCAUACUAUGGAUCCCUCAUUGUCAGCAUGCUGUAUUUCGGGUGUUCCAUCCUCUUCUGCUUCAUUGGGGUUUCAAGCGCAUAUGCUGAGAGUAAAAAGUUUCUGCUCAAGUUUGUGCCGGACGUUCACGAUGCGUACAACUUCGACUACAUCUCCCAGCUUCUCGAAUGGGAAGGCAAGGGUGAGGCACUUCGUGUGCCUUUUGCCAUGGAAUCAAGCCGUCUUGCAGAGAAGAAGGAGCGUCAGAGGCGCACAACAGCAGGCACACAGAAGGACGCAGACCCUGACGACUUCUACGAACGCUUCGAUGGAAUGAUGAGAGACUUCAAUGAGCCGACCAAGCUGGAUUACCUCCACAAGGGCGGGACCAACACCCGCUUCUGGGGAGUCAGCCCCACGAGUGCGGAGUGUGACGAAGAGAUGGCAGACACACACGAGAGCAGUUUUUACGAGGUCAUCGGCAGAUACAAUUUGCUUUGGGAGCCCUGUUCUCUAGCGAGCCAUGAUUCUAUGAUGCUAGGAGUGUUCGCGCUGUGCCAAAGCUUCGCAUACUUCCUGAUUGGACGUCACAUGGACCGUUCACUUCGGGACCGACUGGGAAUGUAUACCACCAUGACGAUAGCGGGACUCGCUUUCGCGGGGCGACUCUCACGGCUACUGACAGUGCAGUCGGAGCAGUCGAAGCUUGAGGUCAAGAACCGAGAAGAGAAACACGAAGACUGCAUCGAUCGAGCAUACAAACUGAAACACUGGGUUCUCAAGCUGCUAAUGUUACUUGGGCCGGCGAUGGUGACCAGUGGUGUCUUUUUGAGUGAUGAGAUGUUGCUGCUUGCAGGCUAUGUGUUGCACGGAUCUCUCCAUGGCUACUUGGCAUUUUUUCUUGUCCGAUCUUUCCCAAGCCUGCCGAAGCAGAAGGGCUUGCCACCGCCACGGGAGGAGAAGCUACGGCGCUUAGCCGGGAAGGGAUACGGAAGCAGGAAAGCCGAGAGUGAGCCUGGGCUGGAGGCGCGGGAGUCGCCAGAGCCGUUGCUUCGCCAGCUCCUCUUCGAGAGUGAGAAGAAGUCUGUGCGGACAACGAUUUUCAUGAAGAGACUCUUGCUCAAGAGCCACAUCAUGGCUUGCCUGCCCUGGGCGUGGCUGACGGUGGGAGCUUUGCAGGAUGUGGCAGUUGAGGCUGACACAGGUUCGGAGGUCAGUGUUACCGAGGUGAAGGUCACCUGGGCAUCGCAUGCCUUCUUCAGUGCCCGUUCGAUGACGUGCUCGCAAGGCGGCCAAGUCUGGCUUGCCAGCGACGACGGCGUGUUUGCGAUUGCACGUGGGGCAGACGGCGGUGGUGUGGAAAGUACCGAUUGUCCAGCUUUGCCUUUUGAUGAGAAAGUGCAGGAUGUUUCCACAUCGUGCUCUGAAUUUGGCUGUUGGCCUGCGGUGCUUGGAGCAAGUGGCAGGCUCUACAGCUGCAAUCCCAACUCGGAGGGAGCCAUGACUCCAUUCAAAGAGCUGUCGGGAAUCUCCGGUUUUGCUGUGGCCGCGGGUGAGGGUUUCUACGCUCGAAAGAACAACAGCAUCCUGCACUUUCCGAGCCGAAAGUCGGUGGCUCCUCCACUGCCGGGUCUCGUUGGCUUCGACCUCCUUCCCAACGCUGGAGGGGAGGACCUCUUCCUGUUCUCAGCAGGCAGGGCAGCAAGCAUACAGCUGAGGAGUGCAGCAACUGGUGAGCUGCGGAAGUGGGCGUUGCCUGCCCAACUACCCCCAUUGCGUGCAGCUUGUGCCCUCACCCCAACCGCGGUGCUGGCAGCAAUGCAGGAUCCAAGUUCGGAAGACCAUCCGUCAAGAGUCAUCAAGAGUCAGACCGCAUUGCUGCAGAGUUGUGGCCUGGGACGCUUUACGCAGGUUUUCGAGGUUCACUCUGAGCAGAAGCCUAUCGGACCAUAUGCGAGCUCGAAAAGAUUUUUGAAUGCUUCGUUGCCCGAUCUCAAGGCCGAAUUGUCCUGGUCUGCCUUUGGCGUCAAGAUGGUGCCGAAGGCGCACCACUGCCUGGACUGGCUCUCCGAAGCGACGGCCAGUCUGGUGCUGGUACGACACGACGACGAGGAGUUGGAAGAGCUGCGCGAGGACUUGCUAAAGCGCCGUGACACUGCCAUCGUUGCUUGUGCUUUGGAGAUCUUGGUCUCAGUGGCCAGCAUGGCAUUGUACGACAUCAGGAGGAGCAUCAUUGUUCCGAUCGCCAACAGCGUCCUGGCCGUCCUGGCAAGCUAUGGCCUCGUUGGGGCACUGGCGCUUCAGCUGCCAAAGAUCCAGGUCCAUGGUGUAGUCACAACCGGCUUGCUCGUCGCUUGCCUGGUGAACUUCCUCUGUGAGGCGCUGCUCACCCAUGCGGGCCUUGGCACGGACACCUUGCCGGGAUGGCUGGUGCUCCUGUUCCUCUUUGUCCCAUACAGCAUCAACCUGGCGUGCUCCAUUUUGAGCCUGAUGCUGGGCCAGCGGCUGUCAGAGUUUCUCGACCUCGAGGAUGACAAAAGCGGGCUCUUGAGUGAUGCUGGCCUUGCUGAACAGGCACAGUUGGUGGCCGGCGAGGAACGUUGCUGCGCCUGCAUGGAGCGCAGAAAGGAUGCAGUCAUAACUCCGUGCGGCCACCGGGCAGUUUGCAUGAGCUGCGCGACGAUCUUGAAGGCGCGAGGCCGCAAGUGUGCAGAGCUUAGUAUGUUGCUCAACGAGUUGAUGCCUUCUGAAGGCCAUUCACUUUUUCACAUCACCAUGACCUGGGUUGUUACAUUCAUUGACACUGGAUCACCUCGACCCAUCAUCUCAUGA